AUGAAACCAUUCACUCGUUCACUCACCUUCAUCGCGAUCUUGUGCAUCUCCUUGUUGUUGGCUUUCGCGUUAGUGCAAGCCAUUGACAUUAGCUUUAAAUCAACCCAACAACAAUCAUCAGACGCAAAUCUCAGUCCCUCCAUGGCAUUCAAAGAGCAAGUGAAGAAUGAAGUUUUGAAAGACAAGGAAUUGACAAACAAAUUGAUCAAUUAUUCAUUAAACAAACUUGCUAAGAAAUCUCCAUCCUCUCAUCAUAAGCCAAGUAUAGCUUCCUUUUCAAUGGUUCAAGUUCGUACCAAUUUAGCAGGAAGUGAAUUGUGUGAAGCAUGUGUGAAUUUGUUGGAUUUUGCUGUUGCUGAUUUGAUGGCUGCCAUUGACACAGGAGUUGUUGUUUCGUGUGUUGAUUUGUGUCAAUAUGUUCCUCCACUCUUUCCAUAUGCUUAUCAAACUUGUGAACUGCUUUGUACAGUUGUUGGAGUGAAUGCAUUCAUUGCAAUUUUGAAGAAAGCCGAUCUUGAUCCUGUCUAUGGAUGUCAAUUAAUGAAUGUUUGUCCCAUUCAUGACUGCACAGCCAAGACUUGCGCUACUUUCACAUCUCCAGGUGUUUCUCCACAAGUGAGUGAAUGUGGUGGAAAAGUCCUUGCCUAUUCCAGAUUAAAUGUUUUCAAUGAAUCUGGCCCAGGUCAAGUCAUCCUUCAAGUGACAGGUCCUUUCUCUGUUGAACAAAUUAUUGAGAGAUACUAUCAAGCCAAUGGUUUCAUGCCAGGAUCUUAUGAAAUUAAAUUUGAGAUCAAAACUCAAAAUGAUGAUUCACAAGAUUUAAUGUGGUUCCCUGGACUUUACAAGGUUGUGAUCAAUGCAUGUGAAGGUGAAUGUGGAGCUUCAAGACCUCAUUCAAGAUUGUUGGCUCAAGUCAGUACCAAUUUCACAUUAACUACGGCAUGUUAA